CCCUCCCUCUAUGAAGAUCUAAAGCGGUGGCGGGGAGCCGGGAACGCCGUGUGGUCGCCUCGCCUGCCGCCCGAGCCCGCCGGCGCCGGGCUGCCCCUCGCUCGGCACGGAUUUCAGAAAAGACUGAGAAUUUACCAAAAAAUGCCAGUAUCAUCCAUGGUGCUGGAGCCAGCCUCGUAUCCUGCUCAAACACAAAGAUGGAGUGUCAGAAAAUUACCAAUUUUGGAAGCCAGCUUCUUCGCCGGAAAAAUGUUGACUGCACUCGAGAAGACAGUCGGCUUUCACGGUGCCUCAACACGUUUGACUUGGUGGCUCUGGGUGUAGGCAGCACUUUGGGUGCCGGUGUCUAUGUACUGGCUGGAGCUGUGGCACGGGAAAACGCGGGACCUGCCAUUGUUAUCUCCUUCUUGAUUGCUGCCUUGGCUUCGGUGCUGGCCGGACUCUGCUACGGAGAAUUCGGUGCUCGAGUUCCUAAGACGGGAUCAGCUUAUCUCUACAGCUACGUGACCGUGGGCGAGCUGUGGGCCUUCAUCACAGGGUGGAAUCUAAUCCUCUCCUACGUUAUCGGAACCUCAAGCGUGGCCAGAGCCUGGAGCGCAACAUUUGAUGAAAUCAUAGGGAAGCACAUUGAGGAAUUUUGUAAAAAGUACAUGACGAUGGAUGCCCCUGGAGUGCUAGCAAAAUACCCAGACAUCUUUGCCGUGGUGAUAAUCAUCAUUCUAACAGGGCUUUUAAUCUUUGGCGUGAAAGAAUCCGCACUGGUGAACAAAGUGUUCACCUGCAUCAACGUCCUAGUCCUCGGCUUCGUCAUGAUUUCUGGUUUUGUGAAAGGAUCUGUUAAAAACUGGCAUCUGACUGAACAGGACAUUUACAACACCAGCCACAGCAUUUAUGGAGACAAUCAAACACAGGAAGAAAAGCUCUACGGUGUUGGAGGGUUUAUGCCUUAUGGAUGGAAUGGAGUCCUCUCAGGGGCAGCCACAUGUUUUUAUGCUUUUGUGGGAUUUGACUGUAUUGCUACUACAGGCGAGGAGGUAAAAAACCCUCAGAAGGCCAUUCCUAUUGGCAUCGUGGCAUCUCUGCUCAUCUGCUUUGUGGCUUAUUUUGGUGUGUCGGCUGCCCUGACUCUCAUGAUGCCUUACUACCAGCUGGAUACCAAUAGCCCUUUACCCAAUGCCUUUAAAUAUGUGGGUUGGGAUGGAGCCAAUUAUGCAGUGGCUGUCGGUUCCUUGUGUGCCCUUUCUACAAGUCUCCUUGGCUCCAUGUUUCCGAUGCCUCGAAUAAUUUAUGCUAUGGCAGAAGAUGGACUUCUCUUUAAAUUCUUGGCUCAAGUCGACGAGAAGAGAAAAACUCCGAGAAUUGCAACAAUGACAUCAGGAGCUGUUGCAGCUGUUAUGGCCUUUCUUUUUGACUUGAAAGAUCUUGUGGACCUCAUGUCCAUCGGGACCCUCCUGGCUUACUCCUUGGUAGCAGCCUGUGUGUUGGUACUGAGGUACCAACCAGAGCAGCCUAAUUUGGCAUACCAAAUGGCUAGGUCAACAGAGGAGACGGAUAACAACGAGUCUGUGAGCACCAGUGAGUCACAGGCUGGAUUUUUGCCAGAGGAAGAGGAGAAGUGCUCCUUCAAAGCUAUACUGUUUCCCCCAAAUUCAGACCCUUCCAAAUUAUCUGGCUCAGUGGUGAACAUCUCAACCUUCAUCAUUGGUUUCUUUAUUGUGUGCAGCUGUAUCCUGACUGUCCUUGUAACAAAUAUUGCAAUAUACGUAUGGAUUAUUGCUGUCAUCCUUGUUCUCAUUGUCAGCUGCAUUAUAUGGAAACAACCUGAAAGCAAAACUAAACUCUCCUUUAAGGUACCUCUUUUGCCCUUUCUUCCUGUUGUGAGUAUUUUUGUGAAUGUUUACCUCAUGAUGCAGCUAGACGUAGGCACAUGGAUACGGUUUGCAGUCUGGAUGCUCCUGGGCUUUAUCAUCUACUUUGCCUAUGGAAUACGGCAUAGUGUGGAAGCCACCUACGCAGCGUCAGCAGAUGUGGAGAGAAACACAGACGCUGGCUCAGACAACUGUAAAUGACUGUGUUUGGCUUACAGGCAACUGGUAGCUGCAGUGAAAGAAGCUUUGUGGUGGGCGUCCUGAACCAGAUUGCAUCUGAUCAAUCAGUAAUGCAGGAAUAAGAAAGUCUAACGUGGGCCUCCCCAACCCUUUUGCUGCAGCUUGCGGUUUGUUUAGUAGCACAGUUAAAAGGGAUCACAAGGAAAAAAGCCACAACCCUGAAACACUCCUGGCGGCACUGUUAGCUCACCUGGGGCUAUGUGCUUCCCUCUCUCCUUCUCCUGUUUUGUCUUUUUUCCCCGGUGUGUAGAAAGAGAACUGCUUCUGUGUGCCAGUUAACCUUAAAUGCUGCUAUGAAACCAAGCCUCACAAAGGUCUUUCAUUCAGUAGCCCUGAGAAUUACCUCCCCACAGAUGCUCUACCUGAUUAGACAUGGAGCAGAUUUUGCAGUGCUACUGUCAAGCGUAGACCAGAUCCAUCCUUCACAAUACGUGACCUGUACCCCACAUGUACGCACAAAAAAAGGCUCUUGCCAAACACCAGAUUUCACUGGGCUAAGAAAGCACCUGCAAGAUUUUCAUUCUUUAAAUUAUUAGGUCUCGUAGUUUUUGUUGUAUUUAAUUUGUUUUUUUUAACUAUGUACUCAUACGCUUUAAAGCACAGCGCUGCUGUGAAAUGUUGGGAAGGUUUGUGGUCGCUGUUUGUCAGGUGAAUGGUCGCUUGCCAGCACACCGGGAACGCCAGCAGAUAUUGCUGCUGCCUGUACACUCCACAGAGGGAUUGCCAGGUUUAGUGAGGAAACUGUAUGGUGCAAAUACUUGAAAGGCUUGAAAGGAAUGGGUGCCUCCAAAAAGCUGUCCUACCUCUUUGCCUCAGAAAUCACCGGUGGUGUGGCUGCAGUGGUGGGGUGGCUGGCAGAAGUGAGUCCAGCUCUGACAGCAAGUGAAGCCCUAUUUUCCUCUCCCCACAUCACUUUUGUGUGCUGGCCAUGUGGCAUUAGUAAAGGAGCUGGCCGUGGAAUGCAUUUGUUAUUGGCGGGUGGAAUGCAUUUCUGCCGUGGGAAGGGAAGCACAGAAGGAUCCUCAGGCUCAUGAAGUUCAUGCAUGAGCAGUGCUGGUGUCUGCCCCCUGGCUGUGGGGAGGUGCAGGGGCUUCUCAAGUCCCAACAGAGCAUGCAGCCCAGAAAACACCGCUAAGCUCUGGGGUCUGACUUGCUGAGGGGAACUUUCCCUUUGGGGCUGGAGAUCAUCUCCAGAGCCUGGCUGUAGUGAAAGGUUAGAAAUUUGGAGUUGAGGCCACAGGGUGCGUUUGGUUGGAAAUGUCUUAGUUUUGCUGCAAGAUGAAUUUUUUUUUUUUAAUGUUCUAAUAGCUUUCCCCAGCCAGAUUCAUCCACUACCCUAAAAAAGGCUUGUUAAAGCAUCAUGAAGAUGGGCCAUGUCCAUGUUAUGCCACUGAUUUAAAUUCAUGCUUCAACUUAUACUGAAAAACAAAUCAUAGAAUCAUGGCAUGGUUUGGGUUGGAAGGGACCUUUUAAGAUUAUCUAGUCCAGCCUCCCUUCCGUGGGCAAGGACAUCUUUCACUAGAUGAGAUUGCUCAAAACCCUGACCUCAAAUGCCUCCAGCGGUGGAGCAUCCCAAACAGAUACUGCAGAAAUCCCCUUUCCUGACUGAGUGGAUGCUUUCCUAGGUGUCCUCCAUACUACUGCCUCUGAACACUGGACAAUCUUUAAUCUAUUUGUCAGCAUGGCUCUUGCUGAUGAAGUGACAGGCUCUUGUCCCCAUCAUUCAGUUGGAGAACUGAAGAAAAGACCCUUGCAUGACUUGUCCAGGGUCUCACCAGGCAUCUGGUGCAGCAGAAAGGAGAAUCAGACCAUUUCCUGGAUUACACGGCCGGACCGUGGACCGUCUCUCCCAUGUUUCCAAGAAAGACUUUGUAGCCUUUCUGCCCACUGAAGAGUUUUAAUCUUGGCUUCUUUCUAGUGCGCUGGGAGGCUCUUGGCAGGACUGGAAUUUGAGGGAGUGAAGGCAGUGUGUUCAUUGCCUCCCAGGUGCACUUCAGGGUGUGUUUUGAGUGCAGUUUCCCCCCAAAAAUGAAGUUGGGGUCUGCUCCAGUCACUGGGUCUUGACCAUCUGCCAAGCCUUUGCGCCUUAUGCAUAUACAAAGUCUUACUCAAGCAGGGAGAGAUGAAUAUAGAAAUUAGAAGCCUCUAUGUUGAAAUCCAUUUUGUUUAAACACAGGCAAGGUCAACACACUCCGCAGCCUCCCAAAGGACACUGAAGAUGUGGUGAGAGGCAAGAAGAUGAAAACUCAGAGGGUAGCAAAGUUUUCUAUUGUACUAAAAAUGUCAGGAUGUUUUUCGCUACCUGGGUACCAGCUUCUGAGCAAUUAAAACACUAAGCAAUGACCAUUUAGGAGUGAAUUCUGACUGGAAGUGUGUUUCCAAAGAAAAUUAUUUUAACAUACCAGAUUUCUUUCUGUAUGUAAAAUUUUUUUUAUAUAAGUGUUAACUUAUUUGUGUUGUCUGGUUUUUAUAUUCCAUUACUUUGUUUCAGCUUUUGUGACAUAUAAUAGCAACAUGUAGAAGAAGAGAAAGUCUUAAUGGGGGCCAUUUUUCUUCAGUUUCUUUUUUUCUGAGAAGGUUCACAGGAAAACCCUUCUGUGUUAACAGAUUUGGUAUUUAAAUGUGCCCUCAUGCGUACCAGCCCCAGAGCCGCAUACCAUAAAUUUUUUGGUAGAGGUGAGGGCCUUUAGCUCUGUCUCCCGCUGCUCCAUCAUGACUUCUUCAGCCCAUCAGUUCCCUGGUGGCGAGUGCUGCUGUUGAUCUUGUUUGUUGUUGCUAGUCACCGGAUACAAGGAGGUGGAGGGAAUCUGCAGCCCUGCGCAGUGACAGGGAAGUGCAGGUGUCUCCCUGGCUCUCUGUAGACCCCAGCUGGACCUGGGGGCCUCCUGGCCUCCUCUUCACAUGUCUUGACCCAGGGAGUGGACUGGUGAGGAGGUGAUGCAUUUGACACAGCUGCAUACUUCUGCCUCAUCCUUUCCUGCCUGCAUCCAUCCACCCCUUGCUUGUACAUUUUUUUAAGCUGAAAGGCAAGUCUGCCUGCCUCUUUCCAGGACAAUGUCAAGGACUUUGCUGAAUAGUGGGAUUUUUACUGUUUUAUGGAUUUUUACCAUCUUCUGCCUCCCUGCUGAUGUCUGUAUGUAACAUAGAUCAAGCCAAGUAUCUUGUCAUGCAACUGCUGCUAUAACCUUGCUGUUGUGGAUGAUAUACUUUCAUUCAUUUGAGCUUUCCUUUGUGAAUAGUUUAAUCGUUAUUUUAUGAUGCAAAUAUUUUGUAGAGAUGCAGAGCAUUUUGUUGCAUGAAGAGUUGGGAAUGGAGAAGUAAUGCCUUUGAUUGGCAAAAAACCAGAUCCUGGCAUGCUUGAUAUUUAGGGGCAGGCUCUGGCCCAAAAGAGUGAUCUUGUUUUAGCAUAUUUGGUUGCUCCCAGUCUGCUCACUUGAAGUUUCCUUCUGGGAAAGCUGUUGGAAGGGUCCUACUGACUGAUGGUGCGUGGUGGGCAGAGAUUGGCAGCACUGAGGCCGCAACUUGCGCUUAUACAGCAAGUCUGAGUAUGUAGCCAGUCAGCCCUUUUCAAUGGAAAAUUGCUGUCAAAACAGUUUUUCUUCCCCCUCAGGCCCCCCCCCCCAAAAAAAAAGACAUUUUUUGGUUCAAAAGUUACUAGCUUUUGCUUAUUUGCUUACAAUUUUCAUUCUUCUGUCACUGAAGGUCAUUACUGACUGGGUUUCAGCUUCACUUUGCCCUUUUGUCGUCCCUCAGGGUGGAGUUUGAUGCUGCUCUGGGCAGAGAGUGUUUGCUAGGAGUCGAAGAGCUCUGCUGCAUGAGGGGGUGCAGGGCUGCCCCCCCUGCCCACCAGUACUGUCUGGGCAUUGUGGGGGCUGGGGUGUGCUGCAAACAGAUUGCUCCUGGUUCAGAGCCGUAUGUGCUUGGUCACAGCAGGGGAGAGGGGGCUGAAGGGAAACACACCAGUGGAACCGCUGCUGGUGCUGACACCACACACUGCUGCUUAACUGCUGGGGUUUUAGAAGGGUAAAGUUUUAGCUGGCAGUGCCUGCCAUGGAUGCUCGUACUCUUCAUCCAUUCAAGAAAAACAAGCUCCUAUUCAUGGUGUACAGAGAGUGCCUGCUGCCUCCAUUCCUACUUACUCAGAGACCAGAAAGUGAUAUGAUAGAAUAUUAUGUUUAUAGUUGUAAAAUCUGCUGCUUUAGUGAUUGCAUUUUAUAUACUAAUGAAUUCCAGUGGAAAUUCUUAAAUCCACCCCUGAGGAAAGCCACGUACAAGUGAACAUCGCUGUCAUCUGCCCAAAUGAACGAAGAGUGACAGGCAUGUCUGGCAGGCGUGAGGGGCUUGCAUUGAUGGGGAGGAGCAGGAAUGAGGCUGGUUUUCAUGCAGCAGGCUCCCCUGAAAUCCCUUUCCUACAUUUAUCUCAACACCCUCCCCUUUCAAAGCAAACCUCUUCCCUCUGGCAGAAAAAGCAUCUCUUCCUAAAGCCUUGGAUAACAUUGCGAUGUCCGCUGGGCUUGACUUUCCAGGCAGGUCUUGUUUCUUCCUUCUCCUUGUGAAAAAAUUGCACUUGUUCAAGGCUAAAUCUGUACGUUCACAGUGAACUGAUGCUUUCUCCUCACAGCCACCUCAGCUUUCCACAGGGCUGCCAGCCUGAUGUGGGAAGCCAGCCUGCCUGCAUCCCAAAAGCAAGCAGAAGGCAAGGCUGCCUCGAUGGUACCAUCAGUUGUGCUGCCUGCUGCCACUUGCCUCAUGUUUUAUCAUUCACUUCCCAUUCCAGCAGCAAUGCCUCUGCCAUAACCCCCCUGGGCUGCCUUACACUCUACCUUACAGUUGCAGCUGAGGUCCCACUGGGAGUCUGACACCCAGCUGGAAAAUAAAUGGUCCUGGAACGUCUCUGCUAGCAAGAGCCAGACCUCGAUUUUUCUCAGGGUAUUUGCUCUUGGCUCACACUCCAAAACAUGGGGUUCAUCUGAGACCUGGCAGGCUCCGACCAGCAAGAGGCACCUUUCCAUCCCAGUGCUGUGUGGGAGUGGUUUUGACAAAGUGACUCGUAUUUUUGGGACAGCAGUGGGAAGCAAAGGGUUCCCUUGCAGCACUUGUGUGUUCCAGCUGUGCUGGGUGCAAGGGGCAGGAGGAGCUGGUAAAGUAAUUUUUCUGACCGAAGCCAUGGAAGAGUGUAUAUUUUUCAAUUAUUAAAAUUACUAAGCAAAAUGUAAAUACUUUUCUGUUGUCUGAUGGUCUAUUUUCCUAAUAAUUUUCUCAGAAUUUUUUAUGGGUGUGAUAAGUAGUUUUAAUGCUUGUUCGGUAAUGAGAUCUAUUUUUUGUCGUCUUUAUCUUUGUUUCGGUUUGUUGUGGUUUUUUUUGGUUCUGUUUUGUCUUUUUGCCAAGUUCACGUAGCAAUUAAAGCCUUAAGUUUUAAAAUGUGAACCUUGCCCCCAGAGCACAGCACAGGUGUGUGGCUACUUCUAAUCCUGUCAACAGUGUAAAUACUUCGCCCCUCAACAAUGCUUUUGGAAUUUGGAAAUUCACUUGUAAUUAUGUGGUACAGCAUUAAAACGUAUUUCUUAAUAUCCAAAUAAAUUAUGCCUAUUGUUUGCCCUCA